GCCUGAUCUCUUGUGGAGGUUCUGCGCGGGGGAGACUGUACCCUGUGACACCGGGAUCCUGUUGUGCAGUGACUGCACGCCUGCGCGUAGAAAAUUCUCCCAAAUACUCUGUCUAAGUUCAUAUGCACAUGAAGAGUAGAUCGAUGUUCAUACUAAAUAGAUAGAGUACGUUUAAUUAAAAAACCCACAUAGAUCUCUAGAUGGUGCAACUCUGUAACUUGAAAUAAUAAAUAUUCUAGGGCUUUCAAUUCCAGCUUCUAUUGUGCAUGCAUGCAGGAUCUCGCGGUUCUUGCACACAGACUACUAUAGGGUAGAACAUGUGACCAUCUCGUUCACAGACGGUCACGUGUACCAGCUAGUGAUCUGUACACUAAGUGAGUAAGACGAACGCCCAGCAAAUAUUGAGUAGAAGUCCGGUACACGAGCGAUAUGAGCGGUCGAAUUCUGAACGUUGUAGUCGCGCUACUGUCACUGACACGUUCCUCUCACGUUGUGGCUGCCGUUGUCCGUCCGAAUAUCUUGUUUAUUCUGGCAGACGAUUUAGGGUAUGGUGACCUUGGUACGUACCCUAAUCCUAACACCACACAUGGCCACAUACUCACGCCCAAACUCGACGAACUCGCGACGCAAUCAAUGCGUUUCACCGAUGCGUAUGCUGGCGCUCCCGUCUGUGCUCCAUCUCGUUGCACUCUGAUGACCGGCAGACACACCGGCCAUUGCACAGUCAGGUCGAAUGGACCCAUACUCAAUGCGAGUGACGUCACCGUCGCCACUGUGUUGCAAGAGGCCGGUUACCAUACAGCUCUGGUUGGAAAAUGGGGACUAGGCGACAACGCGUCCGUUGCUGCUCCGAAUGAAAAGGGAUUUGAUUAUUUCUAUGGUUACACGAGUCAAGAAAACGCUCACAACUACUACCCUCCCUUUCUCUGGCUCGAUCAUCAACAAAAUAUGAUACCACAAAACAAAAAUGCUUCUAAGGAAAGCUGUGGCUCUCCAUUGACCAAGAAUUGUGUGUGGGCUCAGGACCUUUUUAUAAACAAGACGAUGGACUUGCUGGAAAAGUUUGCAGCUACCCCUGAUCGACCAUUCUAUCUGUUUCUUUCAUUCACCACACCUCACGCUGGUGCAAUCGGAUCUGAUGGAGAAACGGGUGUUCCUGCUCCCGAGGAGCUGCAACCCUAUUCUCAACAUCAAGACUGGCCCGAAGUCGAGCGAGACUUUGCAUCCGUCAUUACAUUGCAAGAUCAACAAGUUGGCCUUGUCCUCGAGCAUCUUCAGAAACUGAAACUUGAGCAGAACACCGUCGUAUUCUUUGCAAGUGACAAUGGAGCACACAAUGAAGGACAUCACAACUACCAGUUCUUUGAAAGCUCUGGACCGCUGAGAGGAUAUAAACGCAGUCUACACGAGGGCGGCAUACGUAGCCCUCUUCUUGUUCGAUGGCCUAAUGUUGCAAAAGCAGGUACGGUCUCCAAACAGCAAUGGGGAUUCUGGGAUUUCCUUCCAACAGCGGCCGAAAUUGCUGGCAUUAAUAGAAAUUCUCUGCCACCUCGUUUAGAUGGAUAUUCGAUGGUACCGACUCUUAAGGGAAUGACACAAGCUCAGCCAGAAUAUAACUAUGUUGAAUAUUGUCAUCCCAACGAAGACAAAAAAGGCUGGGGUCAGACAGUGAGGUUUGGCGAUUGGAAAGCAGUGAGGCUAACUAGUGGACAAGGUCAUAUAGAACUGUAUAACUUGGCGACCGAUAUUAGUGAGACAAAUGACAUAUCUAGCAAGCAGCCCGAACAAGUCAAGAUGGCUGCAAAGUACAUGGAUGAAGCACACGUGACGGGUAACUACUGUAACGGACACUAAUGGAACACUGCAGUUUCUAAUUUCCGUUUUGCAUCGAGGUAGACUUUCUCUCAUGUUUUGUAUCAAUUGUCACUUGACUUGGUAUCAACUGUAAACCUAGUCAUACUCUAUUAUGUCAUUAACAAUGUACCUAUACUAAGGUUUUUUGUUUAAUUAACGUUUGCUGGAUAAUAAUCUAAUAUUAUCGAGUAGCUAGGGAGGAUGUUUGCCCAACUCCGUGAUC